AUGGGUUUGACGGAAAAAGAAAAAUCAAGACGCUAUAGAGAAAGACUUAAAGCAGACCCGGAGAAAUUAGCUGAGCGAAAUAGAAAAAAAAGGGUAAGCUACCAUAAGAAUAAAAAACUAAUUUCAAGUAUGCCGCCAGAAGAUAAAGAAAACUGCAGAAUUAUAUGGAAGCUGCGAAAACAGUCACAGAGAAAUCGCCAAAAAGCUGUUAGGAAUAUAAUUGAGAAUACGCCCUCAAGCUCUCCGUCUAUUCUGCAAGAAAUAAAUCCCGAAGAUCAACUUCAACCGACGACACCACCUCCCACUCCUGCCGUGUCUUCAAAAAAUGAGAAGAUUAGAGGCAGAAAAAAAGUUCGACGAGACAGGUCUAAAUUAUAUAGAGAAAAUGUAAAAUUGCAAUCUGAAAGCAAGAAGUGGAAGAAAAAGUUUGAAAAAUAUAAAAAGAGAGCUCAUCGGAGAGAAAAAGAAUUAAUUAAAGUAAAAGAAAAAAGGGAAGAAAAUAUUGAAGAAAAACAAAAGUACGGCAUAUUAACAAACGCUAUCAAAGAUAAUUACCGGAAAAUUAAAGCCAGAAACGGCAAAAAAAUGCUGAAAAACAUUUUCGCGAAACUUGGUGCGCAAAAGCAUAAAAUAGUAAAAGACUGCUUGGGCUUACAAGGAAGACUCAGAACAAGUAACACGCGUAAUUCAGAUACAGAGCUGACAAAAAAAAUUAAUAGCUUUUUCUUAAGAGAUGAUGUAUCUAGAAAUACUGCCGGCAAAAAAGAAACCAUCACUAAAGGCAAAGAAAAGGUGCAAAAACGGUUCCUAUUGGACUCAAUGAAACACUUGUUCAAAGCCUUCAAAUCAGAGAAUCCAAAUGCUAAAUGCUCAUAUUUCUAUUUUACUAAAAAUCGCCCUUUCUACGUAGUUACACCAACAGUUGAUGGAAGGGAUAUGUGCCUUUGUAAAGUACAUACUAAUGCAGCAGCUAAGAUAAAGGCUCUGAAACAAAAAAGAGUUAUUAGUGCUUUAGAUCUAAGCACACUGAUAUCAGAGACAAUCUGUGACAGUACUAAAAAAGAGUGCAUGUUUGGUACUUGUAAUCAGUGUCGGGAUAAGGAAUUCAAGAUAAAUAGUGACAGUGUUCGAGGCAAAAUACAGUGGUUUGAAUGGGUGAGGGAACAGGAAAUCUAUCUGAAAAACGACAAGAAAUUUAAAGCUGUAAAGAACGCGAAGAGACUUAAAGAAGAUACUAUAGAAAACAUGGUCAAGAACUUUCAAGAAGAACUAAAGAGUAUAAAGAAACAUAUUUUUAAUAUGAAAACUCAGUUUAAAAAUUUUCGCCAAUGUGUUGAUGAGAUCAGAGCAAACGAAGCUGUGAUAUUAGUCGAUUUCAGCGAAAAUUAUAAUUGUAAAUGUACAGAAGAAAUUCAGGCGCAUCAAUUUGGUGGCUCUCGUAACCAAGUCACUCUUCACACAGUUGUGGUUUACGUAUAUGAUAAAGAUAAAAAAUAUGAAGCUUUAUCGUUUUGUACUAUUUCUCCAUGCAAUAUUCAUCAACCAGCUGCAAUAUGGGCCCAUUUGCAUCCCAUUUUGAUAAAGAUUAUUGAAAAUUACCCUGGAAUUGACACUAUUCAUUAUUUCUCCGAUGGCCCAUUUUCGCAAUAUCGUCAAAAAGCAAAUUUUUAUUUGGCCUGCACGAAAACAUUUAGCUACGGCUUCCAAGCUUUUAGCUGGUCAUUCUUUGAAGCCGGGCAUGGCAAAGGCCCUGCAGACGGUAUUGGGGGAUUCUUAAAAAGAGCAGCUGAUAAGAAAGUGGCAACAGGAACGGACGUUACUGAUGCUCUUCAAUUUUAUGAAGUUCUCAAAGAGUCGAGUAAAAUUCAGUUAUUUUAUGUAACAAAAGAAGAGAUCGACGGGAUUCAGAGGGACAUACCAAAGAAUCUUUUGCCUUUGCCCGGUACAAAAGAAGUGCACCAAAUAUUUUCAAAGAGCUAUGGCCAACUAAUGUCCAGAAAUUUGAGUUGCUUCUGUUCUAGAGGAUUAUGCGAAUGCUUGCGUCCCAAGUUAUACUCGCCGAUACCAGCUCUAAGGAACAUUCCAACCCCUGUCGACCCUGACGAAGACAUACCUCAAGAGAUGCCAUUAAGUCCUAUCCUAGCACCAUUGGAAAAUAUUUACAACGACACAUUCAGCGAUGUUGACGACGUACCUUUAAAUAAUUUGCUAUCCUCGAAUAAAGACAACAUUACAUUCGCUGAAAUACACGAAGGUUUACGCAAGAGCAUCUACAAGAGUGUAUAUGGAUCGUCUGAUAGCUCUGACAAUGAAAAUGACACUACAGAGGAACCACAGCCAUCUACGUCAGGACAAAAGAAUUUAUUGCCUGGUGUAGGUGACUUUUUGCUGGUCAAAGUUUACAGCACCAAAGGUAAAUCAUACGAUACAUAUGCGUGCAUUGCCGAAACCGAUAUCGAUGAAGACGGUGAAAUCAGAGUCACAUUCCUAAAAUGUGUGAAAAAUGGAAAACUUUUUAUAUUGAAUAAGAAAGAUAAAUCCUAUGUAGCAUUCAAUGAUAUAAUUAAAAAACUUCCAACCCCGGACAUUGAACACAAAAGAGGCACUGAGUAUUAUAAAUUUUCAUGUGAUAUUAAUGUUUUUAGAAAA